CCUCCCUUCCUGCUGCCAAGCAUGAGAGAUCCCACCUCUGCAGAGGGAGAGGCUUGGGAAGGGUUAAAGCCAGCACGGCAUUCCUUGGGAGUCAGCCGAGAAACAGAUGCAAACUGGGGAGAAACUGAGAUUGAGAGCUGGAAACAUCCAGUGUUGCUUGUGAAGUACCUGCUUUCCUGGAGACUCUAGAAACUUACAACAUGACUGACAGGGAGUAUUGGCCAUGUGAGACGAAUCCCUGGCCUCUCCAUGCAUUUCUUGCUCUGGGGCCAAAAAUGGCAGCGGAGCAAAGAGACCUUUUGGCCUUGUGGGGAGCUGCAUUUGAGCACAGAGUGAAAAUGGACAUGAGAGGUCCAACAGGAUCUGCAUCAGGGAAUCAAUUUGAAAAAGGCCCUGGUGCCAUCCGAACGUGGAGUGAUGGGAAACUCUGGGAAAGGACUGAGCAGGUGAUCCAGGGUGAGGACACCAUCAGCUCAGACAUACGGUGCCAACAUUUCAGACAGUUCAGCUACCAGGAGGCCGAGGGCCCCCGAGAGGUUUGCAGCCGACUCCACAGCCUUUGCCACCAGUGGCUGAGGCCAGAGAGACACACAAAAGCUCAGAUCCUGGACCUGGUGAUCCUGGAGCAGUUCCUGGCCAUCCUCCCCCCAGAGAUGGGGAGCUGGGUGAGAGAGUGUGGAGCAGAGACCAGUUCCCAGGCAGUGGCCCUGGCAGAAGGUUUCCUCCUGAGCCAGGCGGAGGACAAGAGGCAGGAAGAGCAACAGGUACUGGGGCAAUCGGCUGACAUGGUCACUUGUUCCCGCAAGUUGGAGAAGGAUCCAUCAGAUCCUUGUCAGAAGCUGCUCUUUGGGUGGAUCCCACAGGAGGGCCAAACUCAGGACACUUCUCUUGGUAGCAGAACAAUGCCCUUGGUACUCCCUAAAGCAUCUUCUCUUCAUGGUGGAGCAGAAGCAACUGUGAUGCAGCCAACUCAGGGCCCCGUCUCCUUUGAGGAGGUGGCUGUGUUCUUCACGGAGGAGGAGUGGGCUCUGCUGGAUUGUGACCAAAGGGCUCUGCACAGAGAAGUCAUGGAGGAGAAUUAUGGGCAUCUGGCCUCUCUGGGUGAGAGACGUGGAAGGGGAAAUCUUUCAUCCUUCAAAAGUGAAACACCACAAGAGAUCUCAUCAGAAACAGCCACCCUUGACAAUGUUCUGGAGCGUACGGAGCAGGGCAGUUCUCUCAGGAGUUUGGAGAAAGGGCGGCAGAGGCACGAUGGGAUACGAGUUUGGGAAGCAAAGGGCCCCGUUGUCUACCAGAGAACGUAUGUGGGAGGAAAAGCAAACAUCUGCAUGGAGUGCGGGAAAAGGUUUGUCCAGAAAACUGACCUCAUUAACCACUGGAGAAUCCACACAGGAGAGAAGCCAUUUACGUGCCCAGACUGUGGGAAGAGCUUCAGCAUCAGCUCAAACCUUAUUAGGCACCAGAGGACCCACACGGGUGAGAAGCCCUACAGCUGCACCCACUGUGGGAAAAGCUUCACGGAUAAGUCAACCCUGAUUCAGCACCAGCGAAUCCACACGGGGGAAAAGCCUUACCAGUGCAUGGACUGUGGGAAGACUUUCAGCCGCAGUUCCCAUCAUAAGAGACAUCUCAAGAACGUGGUAGGGAAGCACCGCGGCCAGUGUGGCCACUUUGAGCAAGCAGACAUCCAAGCCUCCUCAGGCCUGAGGCACGGCGGAGAGGCUGGGAUUCCCAACAGGCGAGUCCACGUCGAGUUCCCAAACACAUGCACGGAGUGCUGGCAGAGCUUCAGCCAGACCUCGGACCUGAUCCAGCACAUGCACAUCCACGCCACCGAGAAGCUCUACGAGUGCAUCCACUGCGGGAAGUGCUUUAACAUCCGCUCCAACCUGAACCGGCACCAGAGAAUCCACACGGGGGAGAAGCCCUACACCUGCUCUGACUGUGGGAAAAGCUUCGCCGACAAGUCCACUCUCACGCAGCACGACCGGACUCACACAGGGGAGAAGCCCUAUCUAUGUGCUUACUGUGGGAAAAGCUUCAGCCACAGUUCUCACCACAGAAGACAUGAGAAGAUCCACACAGGAGGGAAGGCUGUUGCCUUGAUACCCCUGCGAGACGACCUCAACGAAAGCUUUUCAGUCGUACAGAUUUCUUGAGAAAGACAGAGAUCUGCCUGUGCUCUGUGGGGAUGAGGGGAGAAGCUUUCUGGCGAUCAGGAUCCCUCUCUUUAUACUGUCCCUGUCUAAAAGUGACUGCUAACCACCAGUGCUCCCUGUAACAUGGAUUCCCAGAUGCUGACUACAACUCCCAGAAUCCCAACCCAGAGGCCAUUGCAACUGGGGAUGCUGGGAGCUGUAGCCAACAACAUCUGGGAAUCUCUGUUACAGGGAGCACUGCCAACCACAUACCUCAGAAGAAGACGUGGGUCUCUUGUACUGGAUCCUUUUUACAAUUCCCUCUUUGCAGGAAAAAGAAGAUUUCAGGGCAUGGAGAGUCCCAGGAAUAUGGUCUGAGGGCAUAGGACGCAACCUUCUUGCAGAAACUGAAUUGGCCUGUUCAGUGACCACCUGGGAAUACUCAUAGGAACAUAGGAAGCUGCCAUAUACUGAGUCAGACCAUUGGUCUAUCAAGCUCAGCAUUGUCUUCACAGACUGGCAGUGGCUUCGCCAAGGUUGCAGGCAGGAAUCUCUCUCAGUCCUAUCUUGGAGAAGCCAGGGAGGGAACUUGGAACCUUCUGCUCUUCCAAGAGCGGCUCCAUCCCCUGAGGGGAAUAUCUUACAUUGCUCACACUUCUAGUCUCCCUUUCAUAUGCAACCAGGGCAGACCUUGCUUAGCUAAGGGGACAAGUUGUGCUUGCUACCACCAGACCAGCUCUCCUCUCAUGUAUGCCACUGUGGGAGAAAGGUGGGACAUAUAUGUAAUUAGAUAGAUAGAUAUUCCCUAUUCCUAGGCAUUUCAUAUUUUGGCUUCUGAUAGUAGAAUCCUGGAGUUCAAUGGCGGAUUAUAGAAUCCUGAAGUUCAGUGGCGGAUUGUAGAAUCCUGGAGCCCUUCCCCAAAAUGCUGUACUAAGUGCCCGAGGAAGAGAGCAGAAGGAAGUGAGGAUGAACUUAUAGGUUCACGCCUCUACUUCUUUGCUCUUCACCUUUGCUCAGGACUUUGCCUCCUUCUUCAGGCCCAAAAUUGGAACAUCUCUUCAUCUGUCCCCCUCCCUCUUCUGCCACUCCCUCCUCCUCCUUCCUCUUUCCCACCUGUCUGACAUAAUGAGUUGACUAUCCUCUCAUCUUCACUGAGCUUCUCCACAGUGUGGAUUGAUUUAAAUCAAGGCAAUUUCAAUCAGGGGUUCUCCAACAUGGGUCCUCAGAUGUUGAGCUGCAACCCACAACCCCAUGAUGGGAGUUACAGUCCAACAACAUCUGGGGACCCAGAUUGGAGAACCCUUUACUGAAAUAACUGAUGUCAACCGCCCAGAGAGAAACCUGAUUUCAGUCAAGUUUCCCAUGGGUGCUUCUUCACAUAUUUCUUUUUAAAUGGUACAAAAUCAGACCACUAAAACAUGUUAAUGGACAACUCCAUGGAGCAUUAACAACAUAUAGGAGAGUAUAUGUUGUGUAGGGUUGUUUUUUAAAAAAUAUCUUGAUAUUUACUAAUUUAGGAAAUAGUACAAAAUACCUGCUUUUUUAAAAAAAAUGUAAGGAUACCGUUAUAAAUUAUCUGUGUCAAGCUGCAGAAGCAGUGGCAGUAUGUAAGGAAUGGUGAGAAAUAAAUCGCACGCACAAAAUAGCACUUAUAUUUUACCCAAACAAGGACUUCAAAAUAUUCCCAGCGAGGGCCUCUCUUACA